AUGAAUAUGACUCUCACUAAUCUCCUCUCUGCUGAAGCCAUUGAAAAUGCCAUUAAGGACUGUGAGGCCCCAGGGUCCUUCGGUUACAAGAAAUUUUUCCAGCUCAUUGGCCUGACCAAGAAAAGUCCAGAGGAAGUCAGGGAAGUGUUCCGCUACUUAGAUGAUAACAACAGCGGGUUCAUUGAGGAGUCAGAGCUCAAGUUCUUCUUGCAGCGGUUUGUCCCGGGGGCACGGGUUCUGACAGACAAUGAAAUCAAGAACCUUAUGUCAGGUUCAGAUGGUAACAGCGAUGGCAAAAUUGGAGUAGAUGAAUUCCAGCGCAUGGUCCUGUCUUAA